UGCAAAUGGCCUCAAAUUCGUCUUCUGUCAGUAUGACCAAACAAAUUUACAGUUCGCAGAAUUAACCAUUAAAACAUUUGGUAGGAUUUAUCAAAUAAUCAUCUCGUAGUGUAACAUCGCUAAUAUUAUUACGUCUCCUUUAUUUUUAUCGUUCAUUCAUUACAUGUAAUUUACUGUUAUCUUGAUCUAACAGAAGUUAAAGAUUUUUGUGCUCUCUGUGUCCAGUAUUUAUGCAAGAGCGUUCUAUCAAAUAGGAUACUAUUCUACACAAAGAUGCUAUUAACAUUUUUAUAUAUGAUAGCAACGACAAUUCAGACAUGGAGAAUCUCAUCUCUAAAAACACGUUUAUGUGCUUUAUUUCAAGGAACAAAGCACGAUAAACCAUCAAUUAUGUUCUAUGCCAAACCAUUAGUAUGCGUUGACGAAGAAUAUGAUAAUCUAGCUAGCCCUCCAAGUAGUGGAAAUGAAAACAUAUAUAAUUUUAUGAGUUCUCAUCUUUGUCAAAAUAAAUCACUUGCAAAACUUGGUGAUUUACUUUGGAGUCAUGGUGAUGCAAGAUUAUGCACCAUAUAUCCACAACAAAAAAUUAACAUUUCCGAAUGGUUAUCUUAUCAAUAUGAAAAUCCUUUUAUACCUAUAUUUAAACAAAAUAAUGGUAUAACAUCAUUAACUAAAGAUUUUAGAAUGCAUAUUUUAGUUGAGGCUGACUUUAGUACGUACGAACCAUACAUUUCCACAAAAUCAACUAAGCUAGAAGAUUAUGGUUUAAUUAUUAGUUGGAUGGCAGAUAAAAAUUUAAAUAUUAUUAUGGAGACUGAUUUAGAUCUUAUAACUAAAUUUGCAAUUGCUGUUAUGGAAGGACAAUAUUAUAUCAACAGUGGUUUAACUUUAACACGUAUAUUGUCUGUUUUAGUAUCAGGGUAUCCAUGUACUUAUCAUAGUGAACAACUUUAUUCACUGUCGGAUAAUAAAUUAACAGGAGUAGAAGAAUGGGAAACGUAUGUGAAAAAACUAAGACUAAUAAGUAAUACUGCACGAUUAGCAUCACAAGAAAAUAAAUCAAUAGGUGUACCCGAAAUGCCAGAUUUAUUUAUCUUUCCUAAAAAUGAAUCCACAAAUAUACAAACAUCUACAGAUGAAAAAACAGAAGCUAAUAAUACGAUUGAAAAUUUAGUUACAACGUUACAAUCAUCUGUUGAGAGUCCAGUUUCUAUAAAUUCAGAGAUGGUUGAAACUAUGCAAUCAGAAAAUGUUAGUAAUUUGGAGAAUUCUGAUGUGUCAACGUUUCACGAUGUACCUGAAUCAACUCUUGUAUCUUCAAUUAAAUCUGAUAUUAUAAAAGAAACAUUAGAUAAGGAUGAGGUAAAAGAAACUUGUGAAAAUAUCGUUAAGCCAGUAUCUGCAUCUGAUGAUCAAGAUAAUAGUACAAAAACAAUUGAAGCAGUACCUUCUCUCAAUUUAAAAAGUGUUACUCCAAAAAGAACAAUUACGCCAUAUUCUAAACAUCACAAACCACCUAAUGUUUUAAUUUAUGCAGAAAGUGCUGUGUCACUUGAUAAUGUUAAAGCUGUAUUAGAAGAUUCACUUGGCACUGACAAAUAUAUAUUAUAUGUGUUAUCUCGCGAAGAAGCAUGUUCUGAUGUAUGGAUGGAACAAGCAGCUCUUGUCGUUGUAUGUGGAAAUGUUGGUACUGAAAUAAGUACUCAGCUUAUAGAAUAUAUUGUUCAAGGUGGAAAACUUCUAGCAUUAUGUUCCGAUACACUUCAUACUUUACUUCCAUCUUUUAAAACAGCUGAGGUUCGUGAACACGAACUUGUUCAUUUCUCUUAUGGAAAAUGGAAACAUGUUCGCAUGAUGCAUCAUAUUUUCUGCUAUCAAGCAUCACCAGUAAGAACUCGAUUUUCUCAUGACAAUGAAGAUAUAAACGUAACAGCUGUGAAUCCUCCUGUAUCAGCUACAGUGAAGGAUAAAAAAGGCAGGUUACAUUCCUUUGGGAUAAAAGUAUUAGGAACAGAAGAAACAUGGCAUACUCCUAGUAUCUUACUUGCUAAUUUAACUGAUAGCAAUGGUAAGGCUGUAUUUUCACAAAUACAUUUAGAGGCAGAUCCAGCACAAUACGAGUUCGAAGAAAAUAAGUUUAAUGCUCUUAAACAAAGUAAUCUAGCACGCUUAGAAAUAUUUAAUGAUCUGCUAAGUGUACAUCUAGGCAUAGAAGUAAGCACAUCCACGAAAAAAACAUCAGUGCAUUAUACUCCAGCCUUUUUCUUAGGUAGACAUGAGUUAAAAUUAGAAGUUCUGGAAAAGUUAAAAGAAAAAAUGCAGGAUGAUAUAUUGAAAACGAAAAAUUUAGAAAUACAAUUUUGCAAGACAAAUAUCGAAAAAUCAGCAUCGUCUUCAUUUCUCCCUGUUAUGAUACAUCAAUGUCCUGAUAAUUUUUCUACCAUUGAAUACUUCGAGAAUUUGAAAACAAAAUAUGUAGGGCGACUGGUGAUAUAUGCAGAUGUAUUGACAUCAUCGAUGAAUGUUGUAAAUGAUCAUAAAAUACAACAUGGAUUGGUCGUUAUUCCUUGCCAACAAACUCAAGGACGAGGAAGAAAUAAAAAUGUAUGGCUUAGUCCUAAAGGUUGUGCGAUGUUUACAGUACAACUUCACAUUCCCAAAGAUUCCAAUCUCGGUAGUCAUAUUUCAAUACUUCAACAUCUUUUUAUAGUUGGAAUCGUAUCAGCUGUAACAUCUGUACCUGGAUACGAGGGAUUAGACCUUAGAGUAAAAUGGCCUAAUGACAUUUACGUUGGAAAAUCGACUAAAAUUGGUGGUAUUAUAGUUACCAGUCACUAUGAUUCGUCAUUAAUCAUAUGCAAUGCUGGCGUUGGUGUUAAUCUUUCAAAUAGUGCACCUACCUGCUGUAUCAACGAUCUCAUUGCCGAAUAUAACAAAAUCCAUAAAACACAAUUGCCAGCUUUAUCAUAUGAGCGUUACUUUGCUUUGGUAUUCAGUGAAAUAGAACAUCUGUUAGAUAUUGUACAAAGUGGAAAUAUGGAUUAUUUCUUCCAACUUUAUUAUAAACUUUGGUUACACAAUGACGCGGAAGUAACAGUUAUAUCGACUAACGGAGAUAGUGAAUUAGUUAAAAUAUUAGGUAUCGAUGAAUAUGGAUUUUUAAAAGUACGAGGAAUCAAAGGAAAUACAUUUUCGGUUCAACCGGAUGGAAAUAGUUAUGAUUUAUUCAAAAAUUUAAUUAAACCCAAUUAGAUUUCAGCAUAUUUAUUGUAUUUUCCAAAAAUUUUCAACGCUUAACAUAAUAAAUCGUACAACGAGACGUAUUGAACAUAAUCAAUUAAAAUAAUUAAAAAAAAAUGAAAAGAAAAGAGACAAUGUCAGUCAUACAAUAAUCUUCUUAUUUAAGUAAUCAACAUAUAAACAAUGUAAUGGUUGUAAAAAUACGCGUUUCUCAUAUAUAUAAUUAAAUAGAUAUAUAUGAAAUUCUAAAUAUGUAUUUCAUAUAUAUCUACUUAAAACGAAUCUCAUGAUGAAUUAUUUUUUGUGUUAAUUUAUUAUAGUGUGGACACGAAAAGUAUAUAUCGGGAUAAAUGAUCUUGUUAACUGUAUGUAUAUAUAAUUGUUAUGUUACAUUUUAACAGAAUAUACACACAGAUCGUACGUACUGUUAUUAUUAAAUCAUAUAUAAUGUUCAUCCGAAUCACAUUGUUCACUUAUCGUUUACAACAUAUUUUAUAAAAAAAGAAAGGAAGAAACCAAAAAAUACCAACAACUAAGUGCUUCGCCAAAGUUAUAUCACAAAGGAUGUAAUAAUAAUACUAUUACUCCUAAGUCAAAUAAUCAAAUCUAUAAACGAAAUAAUAUUGAUAUUAGUAGUAUAAGCAUCUGUUGUAUAGUUUAUUGCAGUGUUUACAAUUUGUUGUAUAUCACUUGUAUUUAUAAUGAAAUAAAAAAUUCAUGAUGUUAUAUUCUCCAUAUUAUUAAUUAGAAAAAUAAAGAUUUAAUCAUAAACAAAUGGAAGAAUAACGAGUAAGAUAAUAUAUGUUAUAUGUAAAAGGACUCACAAAUAUAUCAUAAAAUUAAUUUAUUUUCUGGACAAAGAGACAUGAAAUUCCUAGUGUACAUUAUAU